AUAAACAUCACUUGGGGUGAAAAUGGGAUCAAUAUACCGAUUAGUGGUGGGACCAUACGUGCCCAAACUAAGUUGGAUCGUGGCCGUUCAUUGGUUUUGAUGGUUUGAUUAGUGGGCCAUCUGGGUUUUCACCUCAGGUGAUCUUUAUGGUGCGGUGCGCCAUUGCACGAGUGUGAAGUAUGGAGAGAAUGUUGGAAGAUAAACUUCUUCAGUCAGAUGAACGGCAGGAUUUGAAGGGAAGGAUUUGGAUAGAGUCAAAGAAGCUAUGGACGGUUGCUGGGCCAUCCAUCCUCACAAGAAUUUCGUCGUUCGGGAUUCUCGUCGUAACACAGGCAUUCAUGGGCCAUAUCGGCGAAACCGAGCUCUCAUCCUACGCUCUUGUUCUCACCCUCAUCACGCGAUUUGCGAAUGGGAUAAUGUUGGGCAUGGCAUGCGCCUUGGAAACUCUCUGUGGCCAGGCAUUUGGUGCAAAGCAGUACCACAUGAUGGGAAUCUACCUGCAACGGUCAUGGAUCAUCCUGACCAUUGCUGCAAUCAUCAUCCUACCAUUAUACAUUUGGGCGGCCCCGAUCUUGCGUCUGGUUGGCGAGAGCGAUGAAUUAUCAGAGAUGGCCGGUCAGAUCGCGCUCUGGUUCAUCCCCAUCGUUUUCUACUUCAUGUUCUCUGCUACAUUGCAGUUCUACUUACAGGCCCAGCUGAAGAACUCAAUCAUUGCGUGGCUAUCGAGCGCUUCGUUCAUGAUCCACGUGGCACUUUCGUGGAUCUUCGUGAUCAAGUUAGGGUGGGGCAUUCCAGGUGCAAUGGGAUCGAUGAUCGUUGCAUGUUGGGUUUCGAUCAUCGGUGAAUUCAUCUAUGUUUUCGGUGGAUGGUGUCCGUUGACGUGGCGGGGAUUUUCGAAAAGUGCUUUCUCGGAGCUGUGGUCCAUGGCGUGGCUCUCGGUAUCAUCGGGUGUGAUGAUGUGCUUAGAGCUAUGGUACAACGCGGUUCUCAUCUUGUUGGCUGGUUACAUGAAAAAUGCUACGGUGGCCAUAGCUGCUUUUUCUAUCUGUCUCAACAUCACAGUCUGGAUACUGAUGAUAGGCAUUGGCUUCUUAUCUGCAACGUGUGUGCGGGUCGGGAAUGAAUUGGGGAGGAGAGAUGCGAAAGCAGCAAAAUUCGCAAUUAAAGUUGCCUUAAGUACUUCAUCAGCUAUCGGCCUAGCUUUCUUCAUUUUGAUUCUAGGCCUCCGCAAUGUACUUUCUUAUGCAUUCACGAGCAGCAUACAAGUGGCGAAAAUGGUGUCCGAGCUCUCCGUCCUGCUCGCUUUCUCGGUUCUUCUAAAUAGCAUUCAACCCAUAUUUACAGGAGUAGCUAUUGGUGCUGGUUGGCAAAGCGUCGUGGCAUACGUGAACAUUGGAUGCUACUACGUGAUUGGGGUCCCUCUUGGGAUUCUCCUCGGCUGUGUGGCCCACCUCCAAAUCCAAGGUAUUUGGAUUGGAAUGAUAUGUGGGAUAGCAGCACAAACGCUUGUACUUGUUUUCAUGACUGGGAAAACUGACUGGGAUCUUCAGGUAGAAAAGGCGACAGCACGUCUUGAAGGAUGGUUCGUGCCUGAUGAAAGCAAGGAUGUAGAUGAUGUUACAUCUAUUGCUUAGCAAAUGGAAGAGAUGAAAUGCAUUUUAGUGGCCAUCCAAACGUACCACAAGAGAAUUCUGAGAAGUGAUAACAAGAUCUUUAUUUUCAUUUUCCAAA